ACUUGAUCAAUCAAAUACUGAAACAACAUGCUUCGAUUUGCUACUUUUCCUCAGUCUGUUUACUACGAACCACCAAUCUAUCGCCUGGUCCAACAAGAUGACUCUGACCAGGACGAUUCUGCGUUUGUGUCCGACUAUCCCAUCAGAUAUUGCAGAAACUGUAGAGCUCCAUCUCAAACACCCGGUCUACAGCCCAUCUACAUUACUGAUGGUUCUGCUCCAGCCAUUCGUCACCAGCAACCAGUCCGACGACCACGCAAGCAGCGGCAGCAAGUAUUUCGUUCUCGACCUCAGUCGCAGCGUGCUAGCAUAUCCGACUCUCCACUAUUUCAGGACUUGUUUGAAACCGAUCGUGACGUAACUGACUCUGCUCGCCUGGAUGUGUGGAAUUUACUGCAUGAGAUUCUCGGUGACUCGACAAAGCAGAAACAUCCACAAGUACGACCUGAUCAUAAAAUCAAGUCCAAAACAGAAGCGACUCCAGUCUCCAACUUAAUCCGUAUCAAUAUUGUCGAUCGCGAACCAGCUGGUAAAAGCGAUACAGUUGAGCCUGUGCAUGUAGAAACAAUCACAAAACCAGACAAUGUUGAUAGUCAUUUGAACAGUGAGUCUGCUGGUGACGAACACAAUGAAACUGCUGCUUCAAUGGAGAUUGACAAAGAACCUGAUGCUAAAACGUCACUCCUUCAACCAGAUCCAUCAGUGGAUCAACCCAGUGACCAACUGGCUCAAUCACCUCCAUCUGAAUGGACGUCGAUCGAUCACUUGGAACCCACGUUACUCUCAAUAUCACAGAAUAAACACCCAGUCCAAGAAGCAGCUCAAGAAACAGAUACUGCGUAUAUUUAUCGAAUGCAAAUCCCUGACGGUGUGACUCAAGGCAUGCUGGAUGUGCAAGUAGAUGAAGUAAGCAGACUAACUCAUAUCAAGACUCCUGGUGAAUUCUCAAAGUCUAUUCAGCUUCCAGACAAUGCCGAUCUCAGCAGUCUUUCUGCAACAAUUGGCAGCAGUGAUAAUAUUUUAGAGAUUGUUCUUGACAAGAUGUCUGCUUAAACUCGACCCAUUUCUCCAUCCAAUGUUUAAUAAACUCAUUUUAACCAUCAAUUGACAUUGCAUUAUAAAUGUACUUUGGCACAAAAAUAAUAAACCGAAACUUCAUGUAGCGAAAACAGCUUAGCGAGCCCUGGCUGUAAAU